AUGGAAAGAAAGGACCCCCAAAGUAACCUUAGCCUAUCGAGCAAAGAAGGCGCUGAUAUAUAUAAAGUCAAAUCGAAAAGUAGACAGAUAGACCCGUUGAGGAAUCUUUCAGAAAGUAAUUAUGCGAAGGAAGUGAACAUGCCCAUUAGCAUGGUGGGUGAAAAGUAUGAAAGGAGGGAUCCCUCUAAAGAUGGCGCAUGGAGGGGAGAUAAGGGUCAGUUAGGAAUAGGCAAAAGUACCAGCAGUAACAGUGUCGACGGGAUGAAUUAUCAUAAGUGUAGGAAGAGUAGCACGCAGGGGCACCAUAGUCGUAGUCACUACCGUGGGGAAGAAGACAAUAUGAAUGAGGAGGAUAGGGAAAAAAUGCCGAACGACGAGGUAACCUCAUACAAACACAACAACGUGUCUCUAAAUUGCUACGAAAAUAACAAUAGGAAAACGCUAUACAGACACAACGUAUUAAAUGAGGAGCAGAAAAAUAUCGAGUGGCUCCUAAGUAGGGAGAAAAAUGUAGAGAAUCUUGAAUCGAUCAAUUUUGAUAACAUGAUGAAGAAGAACCUCUUUGGUUCCUUCCACAAGGGCAACAAACAUGGUGAUGUAAGUAGUGAUGGCAAUGAUGGAGACAUGAUGAAGCGAAACAAGCUUAAAAUGAGUAAGUGCGUCGGGAAUCACGACCACCCGAAAAGGAAUAGGAGCACUCCGGACGAGAGGGAGAUAACCAACCUCGCAAAUAUGUUGUGCAAAAUUAAGAAGGAGGAGUACUCAGUGCAACCCGAUGAAGAGGAAGCAAACUAUGAGAUGCCCCUGGCCAAGGAGUACGGUAUGUCCUACGAUGGGCGCUAUGAUGGACGCUAUGAUGGGCACCAUGAUGGGCGUUAUGGUAGGCCAUGCGAUAGUCUCUACGAAAGGUCGUUCGAGAGGCCAUACGACGCGUACAUCGAUCGGCACCAGAAGGGGCAUCAUAAUAGGCACUGCAGUAGACAUUUGAGCGAACCCCAUCCUAGGGGGUUCUAUGAAGACUACAACGGUCAAGUGGAUUACCACACGGAUCGUCAAAUAGACCAUCACAGGGAUCGGCACAUGGGUCACCACGUGGGUCGCCACGUUGACGAGCGAUACAUGCAACGUUUCGAGGAGGUGCUAGGCGGUCGGGAUCAGAUCUACCGAAGAAGGCCAGCCAUGGAAGACUACCGUGAGUAUAGAGAAAGGAGGCAGGAUGUGCAGCCUACUUAUGAUGAUCGACGUUCACACAUGAUGCUGUAUGAUGGCAGCAGAAGUGCAGAAGACCUUUUUCUGUAUAAGAGCGUUUUCAGAAAUAGCAACGAGAGGCCAAAGGAAAAACAGCACCACCAGAAUCAGCAGCCCGUGUAUUCAAACUUUGCCGACAUAUGCAAAAGUUAUAUAAAAAAUAUUAACAGCAUUAGCAAGAGCUCAUAUAAGAGUGAAAACAAGGGGAGUCUUUUUCACUACCCCAUCGAAAGUGCCAAACCGUAUGAUGAGCCGUACAGAAGUGGGGACCACUACAUCGGUGGCGAUCACUACAACGGGGGGGACCAUUACAACGGUGGGGAGCACUACACCCGUGGGGACAGUUACAAGUUUGCGAUGAAUAAGAUGGCCAGAAGGGGAGGCCAAGGUGGAACUGGGCAAGGCUUGAGAACCCCAAAUUACAGGGUCACAAAUGGCAAAGGGGGGAACAAUCAGGAGUUGGGCGGUUACCCUCCUAGCAGCAGAAGGGUGAACAGCAGGGAGACAACUAUUAGGGACGGGGGCAACCCAGAAUGGAGCGGCAAACGUGGUAACGGUAAGCACGUUGGUGAUCACCAUGUGAAGGACAUCUAUCCCACCUCCAUUCUCUCGAGUGGUAACAGCGCGAAGAGAAAUCAAGAACCAGGUGCCAAGCAGAAGCCAGUGCGUAGUGUCCACUUUUUGGAUGACGACCCCAAGGAGCAGAACCCAAAGUUCAGCAGAAACGAUUAUCGAGCUAGCGAAAAAAACAGAAUGCAAACAAACAUUAUGGAUCGAAGGAUCGUGGACCCCUUCAUCUAUGUAGGUAUAGAUGAAGAGGAAAAUAACCUGGAGCAAAAAAAGAGGAAGAAAAAAAAUAAGCAGAGUAAUGCUAACAAGGUAGGUGAUACCCUCGUGGAGAUAGUUAUCCCUGACAGCUACGAUGGGAAAAGUGCCAAGGUGGGAAGGGGGAAUUCCUUUCUGGGGGCGAGAAGCACAUCUCAUGGGAAGGCACCCACAUCUAGUCUGCCUAACGGUGCGAAGAAUAACGCCAUCGCCAUUUCGGUCGAUAAUACCCCCAACAGUGGCUAUGGUAGAGGUGCUGGCAAAGGCAUUGGUAAAGGCACGGGCAACCGCAGUAACAGCCGUGGAGGUGGGCGCAAAGGCAAGAGCAAUAGUAAUAACGACGUUCCCAUCGUGGUGAGCGACCAAACGGAGCCUCCCCACAAAGAAGGACCCCCAAGGGAAAAACAAAUUCCCAUAGAAAUCAUAAAGUACUGCAAGGAAAACAACCUUAUCCUGGAUAAAGAGAUAAGGGAGUUGUUAAAUUACCACAUCGAGGAUCCCAUCGAUGCUCCUCAGGGUGGGGAUGUGCCCAGCGAAUCGACGAAGAAGGGGGUGAACCCGCAUAUGCCACCGCAGCAGGCGAGCAGCAUCAUCAGUGCAAACAACGAUUUAAAUGUGAAUACCCCUGUUGGAGGGCCAGUACAGGGCAGUAACCCCAUCAGGACUGAAAACAAAGCAACUACAUACGAUAAAAGUAACAGUCAUCCAAAGAACAGUGCAAGUACGCAAGAAAUAAAUUGUCGACCCGAAGUAGGCAAGUACAGUACUAAGACUCAUACUAGUCUGCACCUAGUCGGCAGUAGUAAUAGUAAUAGUGGUAGUGGUAAUUAUAAGACGGGCACGGGUGAUGCGUCAGCGCAGAGAAAAGAUUCGACAACUCAGAGCAUCAUAUGUUUGACGAAUGAUGAAGGGGAUGUAUGGCCCGACGGUGGUAGUAACGCUGUGGGCAUAAACCAUAGUAAUGCCAAUUGGGGGGUCAGCAGGAAGGGCAGUAAGAAGCACAUCGAGGCGGGUUGCACAGUAAAUGGUGCAUCGAAUGGCCCAUCGAAUGGCGUAUCGAAUGGGGCAUGUCUCGUCAAGGCAGGGGCUCCAACCAAUUUGAAGAACCCCAUCGUGGUGGAGAAGGCGGGCGUAAGUAGCAAAGCGAAGGGGAAGGUGAAAGGCCCCCACAGCGUCCACAAGCGUGCCGACUGGAACCGCGAAGCGCUAGGCAUGCCGAUGAAGGAAGAAGACCUGCGAAAACUCAUGAACAGCUACUAUGAGGACGUGCUGAAGUGCUAUAGGCAGUAUAGUCGAAGCGGCUUGAAUGACGAGAAGGCCUUCCACGUAUGUGACUACUGUGAGCAGAAUAUUUUUAAUUUAAGUAAUUUGGUAAAAAGGAGUGAAGCCAAGGAGCACCUAUACACGUGCAACGUAUCGUGCGGGAGAACGUUCCACAUGAAGUGCGUGAGUCACGUGAAACCAAAGGGAAACAAUUUUAUAUGCUUCUUCUGCUUAUACGACGUAAACUUCUGUUCCUUGUGUAAGGAGAUUACAACAAAUGACGGACUCAUCCCCUGUUACUACCCACUGUGCAAUAUAUUUCUACACAGUAAGUGCGUUGAAAAAUUGAAGCUACUGCACACCGAUUGCUUGAAGAAGUACUACUAUUGCACACACUUGGUUUCGAAGAAAGCGGGAAGUAAGGGAAACCAGGGGGACAAAAACUGGAAGAAGAAGCGAAAUUACUACCGGAAGAAGAAGCGGUGUGGAAUGAAAAAAUACGCCACGUUGAAUAAGAAAAUUGAUAAGAAUCAGAAGAGUGAAAAGCCAAAUGGAACAUGCGUGAAGAGUGUAACCCCGGAUGGUACUAACGAAAUGGAUAAGCCUCAUAGUAAUCCUACCCCAACGGCAAACAAGGAACCAGUCAAAGUGGACAAAUUGGGCAAAAACGCCUCUGGACAUUUAAAACUUAGCAAAUACAUAUGCCCCUUACAUGCCUGCUACGUGUGCAAAGAAUUCUAUAUCGUCAAUUUGGAAAAAGUGAAAAGUAAGAAAAGCAGUUGUCUCUUCAGAUGUCUAAAGUGCUUCAAGUCGGUUCACCUCCAUUGCAUGAACAAUGAUUACAUUAUUUCGUUUAAGCAAAAAAUUAUGUUUUGCGCGAGUCAUAUUGAGUACUACAAGAAGAAGCACAUGGAAAUGAUACUUAGUCGGUUUGGUAAACUAACCAAUGGGGUGAAAGGUACAUUGGAAGCUGCCCAAGGUGCGAAAAAUGAAAACAUUCCCUGUGUUGGGGGCGUAGUUACCGUUACGGAUCCUACUAGUGUUAUCUGCACGACGGGUCAUAAUCAUAAAAAGGCAAGCAGCGGUAAUGGAACUGUUAACCAAAGCGGUACCCAUCCUUUAGCGCUGCCACCCAAACCUAUUGACGAAAAAGGAAACGUUGCAUCUGCCUCUAUUAGGGUUACGAAUCCAGCAGGAGAACCCACCCACCUAGGGUUAAACCAGAUUGAAAAAAGAAACAAUGCAAAUGCUCCCCCACCUUGCAAGGACCAAGAGGCACAAAAUGUAGAGCAGCAAGGGAAGGUAAAACCGGGCCAAAUCCAAAACGGAAUUAUCAUUACUGAGGAAGUUAAGCAGAUUGUCGAAAGGGAAAAUAAUAGAAGCGGAAGUGCGCAUAUUCCUGUCAGUAGUGUUGUGCCCCCCAAAUUGGACCAGAAGGAGGAAAAGGAAAAAGUGAUAUUUGACUUAACCGGUGAAGGGGGAAAGGAAGGUGGAUUCCACUUAAGGAAUGAAAAUAAAAUAAGCAAUUCUUGCGCAGAGUGGCAGUCGACCAACUGCAUCAGCAAGGACAACCCCGUAGUGGUCAUCUCCCCGAUGGGGGUAAACCCUCACAUGCAAGAGCAGCGUCUAACAAAAACAGGUGGUGAUGAUGUCCCCCCCAACAAUGCUCAUAUUCCCCUGUCGUCAUACCAAAGUUAUAAAGGCAAUUUGCAGCCAGCGAACGAAAUCGUAGUUUGUGCGCACAGCGGGAAGGAGAUGACCCAUUUGGAGAAGAAAAACGGCACGAUCGGUGAGCAGGCAAAGGAACACGAAGGUAGAAAUGACAACAGAAAGGACGAUGCAAAUUUUAAAAACAGAAAAAGGAAAGCUUCAAAUGUUGAGGACGUCGAAAUGUUGAAAAACCACAAUUUGGAUAUAACCAUUUUGAGCGAUUUUACGAAGAGCAAUCCGAAUCCCAGUAUAAUGCAAGAAGGGAAUUCUUCAUCGAAGAGGAUCUGUGUGGGUAGUGGUACUUCUGAGAGGGAGGGUAUGCCAAGUGUCGUUGCCAAGGGGGAGAAGCGUCCCCUCGACCCUAUCGUCGUGCAGGGGGGAGCGAAUCAAAAUUGCGGCAAACGGGUAAGUGUGCACAUGAAGGGUAGACAGUCCAAGGAGGAAGCCCUAGCUACGCGAACAUUGAAAAAUAUUAGUAGUUCUAAAAUGAAACAAAUAUGUAAGAACCUUCUAUCCCCCAAGACGAUAUACAACCUCUACACGAGGCAGCACUUCCAAAGCGAAGCAGAAUAUAAUUACUACGUGCUGAUCAAGGUUAGGAGAAUUCUACACAUGGAGAGGUCGAUGUUGGCUUUAAACGAAAUGGAUGGAAACAGGAUAAGUGAAGAGUGUGAAGAACACAUAAACAUCUUGUGUACUUUUCGGAAGGACUUUAUCAAAUUUGUCAUUUUUCUUUUUAAGAUGUGCGGCGCAGGGGAGGCGCUCGCAGAGGGGUGCAAGGGGGGUCGCCAAAAUGGGCCACAAAAUGGGUCACAAAAUGUAUUACAGAAUGUGCCAUCAAAUGUGCCACAAAGUGUAUUACAGAAUGGAUCCACAAUUGAAGCGCCCAUCGGAUGCAUAAUUGGAGAGGAAAAGCAAACCCACAGGAAUGGGGCCCAACCAUCUACACUCCAGAUUGAAAAUACACACCAAGGGAUAACCGCCAGUUGUAGGAAAAAUGUGGUGAAGGUGGGCCAACCUAAUGAUGCCACCCGGGGUGGAACUGCUGACAAAGUAGAAGAAUGCGUGUUGGAUGAGCAGGCAAAGAAGAACGCGCUUCGUGGAAAUACUAAUCACUGUGCAAGUGGGGAGAAGCAUGAAGGUGCAGAAGGAACAGCUGUGCAUGUGAUUACAUCUAAUGGAACCACCACGCAUGAACAACAAGGCAGAAACAAAAAGGAGGGAGGGAAAAUAAAAUGGUUCUCUAACGAUUUGCUCAAUAUAUUGUACAAAGAACUCAAAAACGCAUCCAGCAUUAUUAGGCCGACGGUUAAAGAAAAAACGCGUCAGGGGGAACCGCUGGGUCAGAGUUCCCAUACCGUGAAGGAUAACUCACAAGGGGUAAUAGACCUUAACACAGUAACAGUACCGUCUGCAGAUGAUAACCGAACUUUGUGCAUGAACCAAAGCAGAUGUUUGAAUGGGGAAUUGAAGGGGAAAGCCACCGCUCCCAUGGGCAGUAAAAAAGGAGGCACUACCCAAUUGAAUGAAGAAAUAAAUAGGGGAAUAUCCUCUGUUGGGCGAAUGAAUGGACGAAAUAGUACCGACGAUAUGUCAGCAAAAAUAUUGCAUACUGUGGAGGGCAGAUCAAACCAGGUUAACCAAUAUAAUGGAGAAGUGAUAGAGGUCGUUGGAAAGGGAAAGAGAAGAAUGUGCAAUAACAGAAAAGUGGAAUUUACUGAAUUUUUACGGCAAACACAAAAUGGAUGGAAAAUAGAUGUAAGUAUUUUAAAAAAGUCCAGUAUUUACUUAAAUUUUGAAUACAUUUCCAAGAAUGUGUAUUUCAGUGACCAGAAUAAAAACUUGUUGUCGUGUAAAUCUGAUGACUAUAGAUGCUUGUGCCAGGGAGAGUGCGACCCCUUCAGUUGUUACAAUUCCCUGAGCAAGAUUCAGUGCUCCAAGAACAGGUGUAACUUGCCAAUACAGAUUCAGGACAAGAAGUGCUUCAACCGGCCGUUCAGGCAGUCCGCGAUAAAGGACCUCGAGAUCAGACAGACGGAACGCACUGGAUACGGAGUGUUCAGCAAGCGGGACAUAAAGAACGGCGAGCUCGUAUGCGAAUACGUUGGGGAGGUCCUGGGAAGGAAGGAAUUUGAGGAAAGGGUGCUAUCCUACCAGGAGGAAAGCAAAAUGUCGAACAUGUAUAACUGGUACUCAAUUCAGAUUAAUCGUGACGUCCACAUUGAUAGCAGGAAAAAGGGCAACAUCUCCAGAUUUGUGAAUCACUCGUGUUCUCCAAACAGCGUUUCGCAGAAAUGGAUUGUGCGUGGCUUCUACCGGAUUGGAAUAUUUGCUCUACGGGACAUUGCCGCCGGGGAGGAGAUUACAUACAACUACAGUUAUAAUUUCGUGUUUAAUAAUUUUGAGUGCUUGUGCAACUCUCCCAAAUGCAUGAACUACACCCUGAAGAAGAAGGAAGAGGCGGACUACGAAAUGAACGAAUUGGAGAUAACGGACCAUGAUAUUUUCAACCCGGUAGAUAAUUUCAACAAUCUGCACGGGAAGAUGCAAGACUGGGUCGUCCACCUUGAAGGCGUAGGAACCAAAGCGUUAUAUAAAUACAACAAAAAUAAUUUCUUUAAUUUAAGGCUAAUGGAAUGCUACUCCACCUGGAUUUUUUAUGACCUCAGUUUUGAGAGAGAUCACUUUUCCUCUCUCAAGUCCAAGCCGUUUAAUGCGCUGGGCGAGUUUUGGAAAAUCCUCGCUUCGGCCUUUUCCGACGGGGAGAAGAAUAUCAUAAACUCCUUCAAUUUGUUCUUACCUUCUUUGAUAAAGAUUGGCCAGCUGCGCAGGAUUCAGCAGUAUAGCUACAUCCUGAACAACGUCGUCGGAUCGGAGCACGAGAUGUGGAACCUGAUCGACAAGGGAUUCGCGGACGACGAGGUGUGCAGGAAGUGCAAGAGCUGCGGCAACCUUACCAUGUGUGAUAAGUGCUUCAACAGCUACCACCAAAUCUGCGGAAGCAUGCACACCAAGGUUUACAAAAGCAACGAACUAGUUUUGUGCAAAUUUUGCCAAAAGUAUGAUUACAAGACAAAUUGGAUGAAGCAAAGCUACAGAGAACAAAUAAAGUGUUCCAUUGAAAAUAGGAGCAUCGCCUUUUACAAAAUAAACCGUGAUAUCAUAAAGCUGAUGGAACAAUCGGUAAAGUACACCAAGGAUAUGUCUCUGUCGGCCAUGAUCGAGCACAACGCGAAGGAAUACAACAGUAAGAAGCUCCGUCUGAAGAAGUUCCAGUAUAAGUACGUCAAAAUAUGA